AUGGCAGCUAAUACCAAUAUCAGCACUGGAUCAAAGUAUGUUUCUAAAAAACCAAAAGUUAGAAAGAAUGUACAUCCAUUCACGAGUAAUACACGGACUAAGAGGGCCAGUAAAGUCAUAAAAUUUAAUGAUUCAGACGAGGGCGAUCAUGUUUCAGAACAACUUUUGAAGGAAAGAAAUACCGUUUCUUAUAAAUCGUUGAAAAGUCGGGCAAAUGAUUUACUUAAAAUGAGAGAAACACUUCCAGUUUAUCAACAUAAAAGUGAAAUAAUGUCAUACAUUGAAAGCAAUCCUGUUACCGUGCUUAUUGGUGAAACAGGUUCUGGAAAAUCAACCCAAAUUCCACAAUUCAUAUUAGAGCAAUUAUACGAUACAAAGAAGCAUGGAACGAUUGCUGUGACUCAACCUCGUCGUGUCGCAGCUAUCAAUUUGGCUACACGUGUUGCUCAAGAACAUGGUUGUAAAUUGGGUGACCAAGUAGGUUAUUCUGUUAGAUUUGACAAUACAACUACUACAAGAACAAGACUUAAGUAUCUGACCGACGGUAUGUUACUUAGGGAACUUAUGAUGAAUAGUGACCUCCGGGAAUACAGCGUCAUCAUCAUCGAUGAAGCGCAUGAAAGAACUGUGCUAACAGAUUUGAUAUUGGGGUUCUUGAAAUCCCUAAUGCAAGGACCAAGGCAAGAUUUGAGAAUAAUCGUUAUGUCCGCAACAUUGCAAGCCGAAAAAUUUAGUGAGUUCUUCAACAAUGCUCCAAUUUUGUUUGUAGAAGGAAGAAAAUUUGACGUCAAACAAUAUUACUUGAAGGCACCAACGGACGAUAUAGUAGACGCCGUCAUCAGGUGCUGUAUACAAAUAAAUCAAGGUGAAGAACUAGGAGAUAUCUUAUGUUUUUUGCCAGGUCAAGAAGAGAUUGACAAGGCGGUGACUAUAAUGGAGAAAAUUGCUAAAUAUGUUUCAGAUGAGACGCCAGUACCAUUAAUAGUCCCUUAUCCUUUAUAUGCUGCACUUCCUCCAGUUCAGCAAGCCUUGGUUUUUGCACCAAUAAAGGGUUUCAAGAGGAAAGUUGUCUUCAGUACGAAUAUUGCAGAAACAUCUGUUACCAUAUCCGGUGUUAAGUUUGUCGUCGAUUCAGGUCUUCGAAAAGUCAAAGUUUGGAGACAUCAGCUGGGAUUAGCGACUUUACUUACCGUACCCAUUUCUCAGGCAAGUGCUAUGCAGAGAAGUGGUCGUGCUGGUAGAGAAAGUGAAGGCAAAAGUUUCAGGCUUUAUUGUGAAUCUGAUUAUAUGAAACUGCCGAAGCAAAGUGAACCUGAGAUAGCCAGGAGUGACGUCACAUCUCCUGUGCUAAUGCUGAAGAGAUAUGGUGUUGAUGAUCUACUAAAUUGGACCUGGUUUGAAAACCCUGGUAAAGAGGCUAUAGUCAUGGGCCUUCAGGAACUUUAUGAAUUGGGUGCCCUUGACACUCGUGGAAAAAUAACAAAACGGGGUCAGCAAAUGGCUCUGUUACCGUUACAACCGCAUUUAAGUAGUGUCUUAAUUAAAGCCAGUGAAAUUGGCUGCUUGAGCCAAGUCAUUGAUAUUGUUUCCUGCCUCAGCGUAGAAAAUUUAUUAUUAAAUCCAUCACCGGAGGAAAGAGACGAGGUGAACGAGCGUCGUUUGUCCUUAUGCAACGCUGGUAAAAGGUAUGGUGACCUCAUUAUGCUGAAAGAGCUUUUUGAUAUUUAUUUCUACGAACUGGGGAAAAGUCAAGAUGCAAGUUCUGAAAGAAAUGACUGGUGCAAAGGGUUGUGCAUUUCAAUACGUGGGUUUAAAAAUGUGAUUCGCGUCAGAGAUCAGUUAAGAGUUUAUUGUAAACGUCUGUUCUCUUCAACAAGUGAAGAAAGUGAAGUCAAAAAGAUUGGUGAAGAUGGUGAGGUAAUUUCAAAGAUAUUGAAGUGUUUCUUAACUGGGUUUAUCAAAAAUACAGCUAUAGGGAUGCCAGACAGGUCUUAUAGAACUGUUUCCACCGGAGAACCGAUAAGCGUUCAUCCGUCAUCUAUGCUAUUUAUGAACAAAAGCUCUCCCGGUAUAAUGUACACAGAAUAUGUCUUUACUACGAAGGGGUAUGCCAGAAAUGUUAGUAGAAUCGAACUCUCAUGGCUGCAAGAAGUUGUCACUAAUGCAACCGCCGUGGCAAAGCAAAAAAUUUCUGAUUCAAAAUAG